AGACGAGCUCAUAGUGUCGUUCGUUGCUUCAACUCGAGUGUUGUUGUUUCACUUGAACUUAUCGAUUAAAGACCAGCAUGGCGUGGUCUAUCAUUGCGACGACCGUCGCGCUUUUCACCGCUGGUGUUAUGUGCCUGCCGAUGGAUGUACCUGCCACGGAUUUGUUACCGCCGAAAAUGCUAAGAGAACCAGCAACUGAUUUGUUGCCAGCGGAAAAGGAGAACGGACCAGUAGCUAAGUGGAUGCCCACUGAUAAUGGACCGACAACUGAUUUAAUGCCAUCUCCAUUGCCGGAAGGAAUGAAUGAAAAGAAGCUUCCAGCAAUGUUGUUUGUGAUCAACGUUUUUGCAGUAAAGAACAGCACCGCCGAGGAUUCAAAUGACGUGUUGCACAGUGACGUUAUCGAGGAAGUGCCAAGUGAGGUCGCAGUACCGUUGGCAUUAUUCCUCUUAGUUCUCGAAGAUGAAAAUGAAAAUCACCCCGUCAGUUUGGACGAUGUUGCCAGAGAUCUCGAAAAGGAAGGUUUUGCCGUCGAAAAGAUUGUUAAAAAUGGCGAGACUGGUCUUGUUAAAGUGGACCUUGACACAUUCGAAUCGACAGUACGAAUCCCUCAAGGAAAUAACAACGUGAUCGAACAUGAAACCGAUAUCAAGGAUUCUGGCAAACUCACAAGUGUACGUAGGAAGAGGCAUAUCUGCCUUCAUUGCAAACUCGACGAGCUCAAACAGAAGAUUCACAAUAAACAUAGUGGAGGUUGCAAUACUUGUGGUGGUGGUGGCGGCGGUGGUUAUUAUGCUCAACCAGUAUACCAACCAGUUCAACCAGUAUACCAACCAGUAGUCCAUCAACCAGUCUACCAACCACCACCUCAACAAAAUUAUUACCCACAACAAGGUUGUAGUACCUGCAACGGUGGAGGAGGAUACGGAAACGGUGGUGGUAAUGCUUACGCACAAGCGUCUGCGCAAGCUUCCGCUUCAUCGUCAUCUGGAGGUUACGGUUACGGACGUUAAAACGAAGAUACUUUUUUAAAUUUGUUGACUAUUAAAACAUUGUGAGAAUAGAAUUUUUGUAAAUUAUAA